UCUCCCUUCUCCUCCCCCCUUUGGACAGACACGAAGGCCUGCCCGGGCACUCUGCAGCAGAGGACGUACACACACACGCCAGCAGGAAUAGCAGCAGCAGCAGCAGCAGCAGCAGGCGGACUGCCUUUCCAUCCAUCUCUCCCUGCCUCACAUCUUCCACCUCACCACUUUCCUCUUCUCUGUCCUCCUGCAUCUUCUUUUCCUCUCAACAUUUUUCCUCUUUCUUAGAACACCUCUUUUCUCCUCCCUCUCCACGUUCGUUUUCCAUCUCUUCUUCUUCACACCUCUUCUCCUUCCGGCUGGCUGGUUUCCCAGGAUGCCUUGUUCCAGGCCGCUUCGCUAGGCCUUAGCAGCAUGGGCGCAGCCUGGGUGGGGAGAGAGAGCACGGAUUGGACCCUUCCCCUCAGGACGGGCGCGCUGGCGGGUCACCCUCCCUCAGCUUCAGAUGGGCGAGGACGCUGAGAGCCCCAAAAUCAACCACACCUUCCUGCGAGACUACGUCACUGAAGCUGAUGUCAUCUCUACGGUGGAAUUCAACCAGACGGGGGACUUGCUGGCCACAGGGGAUAAAGGUGGCCGCGUGGUCAUCUUCCAGAGAGAGACUGAGUCUAAAGGGGAGUCUGAGGAGGUGGGGGAGACGGGGGACUCUGGAGAGUACAAUGUCUACAGCACGUUCCAGAGCCACGAGCCGGACUUUGACUACCUGAAGAGUCUGGAGAUUGAAGAGAAAAUUAACAAGAUCAGAUGGCUGCCACAACAGAAUGCAGCACAUUUCCUCCUCUCCACCAAUGAUAAGACCAUUAAACUGUGGAAGGUGAGUGAGAGAGACAAGAGACCAGAGGGAUACAACCUGAAAGAUGAGGAGGGACGGCUCAAGGACAUCUCUACCAUCACCUCUCUGCAGGUGCCGGUGCUGAAACCUACAGAUCUGAUGGUGGAGGUUCGUCCUAGACGAGUGUUCUCCAACGGACACACCUACCAUGUUAACUCCAUCUCAGUCAACAGCGACGGGGAGACGUACCUGUCCGCUGAUGACCUCCGCAUCAAUAUGUGGCACCUGGGCAUCACAGACCGCAGCUUCAAUAUUGUGGACAUCAAACCAGCCAACAUGGAGGACCUGACGGAGGUGAUAACAGCAGCAGAGUUCCACCCGCACCACUGCCACUUGUUUGUGUACAGCAGCAGCAAGGGCACCCUGCGCCUCUGUGACAUGAGAGCCUCCGCACUCUGUGACAGACACACAAAAUUAUUUGAGGAACCUGAGGAUCCAGGAAGCCGGUCCUUCUUCUCAGAGAUCAUUUCCUCUGUGUCUGACGUCAAGUUCAGCCACAGUGGACGUUACCUGCUGACCAGAGAUUACCUCACCGCCAAGGUGUGGGACCUGAACAUGGACAAGGGCCCCGUGGAGACGUACCAGGUCCAUGAAUAUCUGAGGAGUAAGCUGUGUUCCCUCUAUGAAAACGACUGCAUCUUUGACAAGUUUGAGUGUGUCUGGAACAGCUCAGACAGCGUGAUCAUGACAGGGGCGUACAACAGCUUCUUCCGGAUGUUCGACAGGGAGACGGGGCGAGGCGUAACCCUGGAGGCUUGGCGAGAAAGCAGCAAGCCUCGGGCCGUGCUGCGGACCCGGCGUGUGUACAGCGGCGGCAAGCGGCGCCGUGGAGAUGUGGGCGUCGAUAGCCUGGACUUUACCAAGAAAAUCCUGCACAUGGCUUGGCACCCAUCUGAGAAUAUCAUUGCCAUAGCAGCCACAAACAACCUGUACAUCUUUCAGGAUCGUGUCAACCCUGAGGCACAGGUACAGUGACAGGCGGGUGGAGGGACAGUGGCAAAGACACACAAAAGACUUGGAUGUCUUAGAGAGGGCAUGGGGAGUGGACAGCCUUUAUGAGACUGCAUCUGUUUGUGUGAUAAAAGAUCGGAUUAAUGAUAAAAUCACAAGACUGUUAAUUUAUUUGAUCUCUAAGGAAGUUGUAUAAUCAUUUUUGUUCAACACUGAGACAACCUGACGUCUCCAGUACCCAUCAGGACAUGUUUUUGGUCACUAGUCCCACUUUUUGAAGAUGUAUGUGCAACUGCUCCACCCUAGGGGCAGUGAAAGAGGUGCGGGGACACCUCUCCAUCUGUAAUGACUCAGUGCUGUUGACCACACUAUGUUGCACUCCUCACUGAUGUGCUCUGGUACCUUUUGACACAAAAUAGAAGAUAAGUGAUGGGUAGCGUCAGACUACAAUGCAUAAAUAUCUUAAGACGAGUUCCCAAUGACUUUGCCAGACAGCGCAUCUAAUUCUAAGCAUUUUUUCACUAUUGUGGAACAUCAGGAGUGGUGUUAUUGUACAGCUCUUCACAACGACAUCCUUUUUGUUCUGUCUACUGGGCAACAACAGCAGCUGAAUCUCUCCUUUAGAGCAGUGCUCUUGGAGACUUACACGUAAUCUUUGUCCUAAUUCACUUUGCAAUAAUAGCACUAAGAAAAAAAAACACGGUGCAGCAGUAUUCCUGCUUCAAAACAUGAGCUCUUCUUCUACAGGUAUACACUCUUUUUACUGUUGGCUGUAAAUAUUCUGCGUUCUUUUUUUAAGGCGAUGCCAGUUUUGGUUCUAGAGAGCGUAAAGAUUAAAGUCUAGUACACUGCAGAUGAACCUUGGAUUUGAUGUAUAGAAAGACUGCAGAAUCGCACUAUUUGUAGCAGUACAUACACUGGUAUUGCUGUAUGUGGAGAGGGAGGGGUGAGUUGUGCACAAACCCACACUUACAGUUUUGUUGUGUAUAUUAGGUUUGUAUUGGGUUUUAAUUCAUGUAAAGUCUACCUUGUCUAAAGUCUACAUACCUACGAGUAGAGCCCGACCGAUAUGGGAUUUUUGAGACUGAUGCAGAGACUGAUGUUAAAUGAACCGAUUACCAUUAUGAUGGCUGAUACAAUCAUUUUUUGAACUAGAAUAAAAAAAGACCUUUUUUUUA